AGCUGUUAUCCAAAUUGUAUAGCUGUGGUACUCGAGUAACAGAUAAAGGAAGAAGACGACUAUAAUUUUUGAUUGUGAAGAUAAGGAGCUCACUUAUGAAGUGUCACUGAAACAGAAAUCUCAAUAGCAAAGGUCACCUCAUGAUGAAUUAUUCAACUGAGUCAAAUCUUCUCUCUACUUUUUAUGAUGAUUAUCCUGACUUGGGCUCUGUCUGCAGCACACAGAAUAUCAAGACCUUUGAAUCAGUAUUUUUUUCAAUUCUUUACUGUGUGGUGUUCGUGUUCGGCCUGGCGGGAAACAGCUUGGUCAUUUACGUUCUGAUAGUUUGCAAGAAACUGACCAGCAUGACUGAUGUGUAUUUGCUGAACCUCGCCAUCUCUGACCUGCUUUUUGUUUUCUCCCUCCCCUUCCUGGCUCAUUAUGCUUCAGGCCAAUGGACUUUUGGAAAUGUAAUGUGUAAAACAAUAUGUGGAGUUUAUUACAUUGGCUUCUACAGCAGCAUAUUCUUCAUAACCUUCAUGAGCAUAGACAGGUACUUAGCCAUUGUCCAUGCUGUACAUGCUCGGAAAGUUCGAACAACCAUGCUCAGCAUUGUUAUAAGCCUUGCUGUUUGGUCAGUGGCCAUUUUAGCUUCAAUACCAAAUAUUUUCUUUAUCCAAGAACUGAAUGAAAAUGACAUUGUGAAGUGUGCUCCUUAUUACCAGGAUAAUAGGACUCCUUGGAAACUUUUAACCAAUUCUAAAAUCAAUGUUUUAGGUCUCUUGAUCCCGCUUGGCAUUCUCAUUUUCUGCUACUCCCACAUCUUGAAAAAUCUGCAGAGAUGCAUGAACCGAAACAAGUAUAAAGCAAUGAAGCUGGUUUUAGUUGUUGUGGUUGUGUUUUUCCUCUUCUGGGCAACCUUCAACAUUGCACUUUUUCUGGACUCUUUGCGAAGCCUGCACAUCAUAGAUGACUGCGAGACAAGCAAAAGCCUAGACCUGGCCCUGCAGGUGACUGAAACCAUCUCCUUCAUCCACUGCUGCCUGAAUCCAGUGAUCUACGCUUUUGUGGGUGAAAAGUUCAAGAAAUACCUUCAUGAAAUAUUCAGAAAACAUGCAAGACUCUUAUUGAUUUGCAAAGACCACAAUGUCUUUCAGAGUCACUAUAGUACCUCUUUCAUGCGCACCCAGUCCUCACAUUCUUCUGUGAUUGACCCUGUAAUGUAAAAUAGAAUGGGCCAAAUACAACCAUUCAAGCAUGCAUUUGGUGUGAUAUAAGCAUGAGUGAUUUUGAAAGAAAAUACUCCAGGCAGCUCAGUAAAUACAUUACUUCACACUGUAGUUGGGAGAACUUAGUUUUCAAUUAAAGCUCUCUAUUACCCUAGUAAUGACUGUGGU